CAGCAUAAGGUUAGCGUACUGCAUUUCGCAACGAAACGCGCCCGCCAUCAGAGCGAAGCUUCCCGCGUAAUUUUUUUUUUAAAUUAUUUGCAAAAUAAUCUGUGUUUGUGCCAGAUCGAAAAUGAUUUUGUCUAUGAGAAAUUAAUUAUGGAUUAUUUAUUUUCUUAAUGUGAGAGGUGCGUUUGGAUUGAUUUCGUUCUAUAAGAAAGGUACUAAAGCAGAGUGAAAAAAUGUAUACAGAGUCGAUAACUCCCACGGUAUCUCUAAGUAGUGAACGAUCAUCAAGAACUAAUUCAACAAAUUGUGUAGACAGUGAUUCGAAAGAUAGUGAUUCUGGGAAGGAUAGUGCAAGUGAUUCAUUUAACAGUUUGAUUGAGGAAAAAGCAGAAGAAAACUGCAGUAACUGUCUCGAUGACUGCAUCGACGUUAAGUGCACAGGUCCUCAAUACUCUGUGCCGUAUGGAGAAGAUCAUUGUAAAGUGAUAAAGAAAAGAUCUAUAUGUUGUAAUCCUGUGACGCAGACGGUAUGGGGCGUGCUGCUAAUCAUAAUGUCCAUCAGCGGUUUCGUCUUCUCUCCAUUAGACUUCAUGCUGUGGGAAAAGUUGAAUAUGAGACCAGGUCUACCACCAUAUGAAUGGUGGGCUAAUCCACCUGAUGAAGUCAAAAUGCGUGCCUACGUGUUCAACGUGACCAAUCACGAGCGAUUUAUGAAGGGACUCGACAAGAAAUUAAAUUUACACGAAAUUGGUCCAAUUGUUUACUUAGAAAAGCUUCAACAUUACAAUAUUAAAUUUAACGAAAACAGUACUCUUACGUACACGGCCAAGAGGUCGCUAAUUUACUUGCCGGAUGAGAACACUUACGACUUGAAUGCCACCAUUAUUGUUCCUAAUUUAGCUGUUUUGGGCAUGGCUUCUUUUCUUCAUGACUCCAACUACUUCGUCCGUACGGCGUUUCGGCUCUUAGUUAAUGCGCACGGCAGCGAAUUUUUCAUCAAAAGGACUUUGUAUGAAUAUUUAUGGGACUACAGAGAUCCCGUACUGGCGACUUCGAAAAACAUCGUCCCAGCAAUAGUGCCAGUUGAUAACAUGGGAUUUUUAAAAAGAGUAUACAGUGACUUUACAGACGAGGUGACUGUGGACAUUGGUCCCGAACGGGGUCACGAUAAUUUCUUCCAAAUCAAUCGGUUUAGAGGACAGCCGCAGUUGCCAGGAUAUGAUCCCGAUACGUGCCCAGAUCGUAUAUUUGGAUCAACGGAAGGUGUUAUGUACCAUCAGCAUAUCACCAAACAAGACGUCUUAUUGUAUUGGAGAAAAACUGUUUGCAAACUUAUGCCUUUAUAUUUUGAAAGUGAGUUGUCUAUGGACAAGGUACCUUUGUACAGAUACAAUCUAUCCGAGGUGGUGUUUGAACGCGUGCGGAACAACACCGAUUGCUAUGAUACUACGCCCAGUCUGCCGUCGGGACUCAGCGAUGCCUCAAAGUGUUACUUUAAUUUUCCUAUAGUGGUAUCAUAUCCUCAUUUCUACACGGGGUCGCCUCCGAAGGACCUCUACGUCACAGGUCUCACGCCGGAUCGAGAGAAGCACAACUCUUACGUUAUUGUUGAACCUAUAACCGGUGUACCGUUCCGUGCGGUGGCGCGGAUGCAGAGCAACCUGCGGAUGCACGACCUCUCAUUGUUCACAGCCGAGUACAGAAGAUUCUCCGGUCAUGUUAUACCACUGUUUUGGGCGGAAUAUAGUCAAGAAGGUUUGCCGACGGAAAUAAAAUGGACAAUUUACUUUAUGGUUGUAAUACUGCCGCCGUUGUCGGUUGUUAUUUUUAUUACGACCCUACUGCUCGGUAGCUUCCUCAUAACAAGACAAAUGUAUGAUCUUAAAAUUAUAAAGAAAUUCAUACCCUGCAUAAUACAAUUGAAGAAUAAAAAUAAGACUGUAGCAGCUAAUAAAAUAUUUGUAUAUGAAAGGGAAUCGUUCAUUAAAUCACCUAGCUAAUACAGGUAAUUUUAAUAUUUUCUUUUAUAUACUAAUGGAAAUUUAUGAACGAAAUUUGAGACUGAGUGACUACAGACUAAUUUUUUUUUAUCGCUCUUACCAAAUACUUAAAUGUUUUUAACAAUUUUGUUAAAUGCAAAAAUAAAACCAAUCACUUACAAUUUUAUUCUGAUUUUUCUUAAUAUUCAAGACUAUAGAUGUCUAGACUAGAUUAGACCUCACUUGCAUUAAUUGGCAAUGGGUAAGCACAUUUAAUUAUAUUUCGUCAGGUUAAUUCCAUUUUAUAUCUUAUAAGUACGGGGUACACGGAAUAUUGUUAUGCUAUAAAUGUUAGUAUUGCUUGGUGAAUACGUUAUGUAAAUGAUUUGUCUUUGUGCUUUCCCAAAAUAAGCAAAACAUGUAAAUAGAUAGAUAUAGGUUAAAAUUUUUUACUUAUAAUAACAUAAUAAUUUGAUAAUAAUAGAUUUUUAUAAUACGUAUACAAUAUAAGGGAGGGUAUUGUGACAUAUAUACAAUAUUACUUGGAGUCUACUGAAUUAUCUAUAAGAGUGUAGGAUAACAGAAAAAGCGUAUGUUGCUUAAUUAAUAUCCUACUAUUGCGUAACAAAUUGAAUUAUUCUCACCACUUCUAACUUGUAGUUACCGUAGUUACGAUACCUUGGUUUGAAAGAAAAUUUAAUUAUGAUAUUAAUCCCUAGAUUCCAUAAUGCAAACAACUUAUUGCUAUUGGUACGUCCGCUGUGCGGGUAUUUUAUUGUAUUUCUGGGGUAGUUUAUAGCAGUGAUUGUUCCUAUUGUAAGUGAAAUUCGUACAUAUUUGCUCAUAAAUAGCUUUACACUAUUU